GUGUGACUAAAUUUAACGAACCUUACGGUAGCGGUCUUGAACGCAACUCGCCAUCAGUAUGUCAGGUUCAUGAUGGUGACUGGAGUGGAAGUGCUGAGCCUCCUUUUGGUUUCCGUGCUGUGGGGCUGCACCAACCCUUUCCUGAAGAAAGGCACUGAAGGUAUCGAACAUGUGUCCAAAUCCGGCAAAGUUGCUCAGUUUCUUGCUGAGCUCAAGUUUCUCUUCCUUAAUGUCAAGUAUCUCAUCCCUUUUGUCCUAAACCAGAGUGGUUCUUUGGUUUACUAUUAUACCCUUUCUACAGCAGAUUUGUCAUUGGCUGUCCCUGUGUCCAACUCUCUCACAUUUCUGUGGACUCUGCUCACUGGCAAGUUGCUGGGCGAACAUUUUGGAGGCAAACAGGCUGUUGCCGGAAUGUUCCUCACUAUGGUUGGGGUCACUUUGUGUAUCAUAGGCUCCAUGGAUGAUGUUGGCACACAAGCUCAGUCCUGAUGACCUUCCAGAAUGUAUAAAAGCUGGGAUGGGACGACCGCUUUCCAGUGAAAUGCAAAUCAAAACGGAAUCUGUGCCUAUCCUAAGAUCAUCGCCUCAAUUUAUCUGUGGUACGUUAAAAUAAGAUAUUCCUUUAUUUGUCCACAUGAUGAAAUUCCAGAGAGAUGACAUGAAAGGUAUUUACUUCAUGUUGAGAAAAAAAGUGCAACUGCCCUUUUUCGACUUAGCUGAUGUUGGUCAAAAUGAGGUCACCGUCCGUUCAUCAAGGUAGUUUGCAUUCGAGCAGCGUGCCCAACCAGAACCAUACUUCUAAGCCCAAGCAAACAAGUGAAGACGUGUUCCGUUGAGUGUGACAGUGCGGCUGGGUUCACGCAGGGUUCAUUCCCACAACUUGACCAGAUUUAUGGCGCUCCUAUAGAAGCCGUGUCCAAAUGAGUGUGGGAGUAUUUUUGUUCUUUACUGAUGCUUGACAUUUGCAUUGAAAUAAGAAAAUAAUUAAAAAGCACGAAUCAUGUACUUAAUAACCUAAUUAAAAAAAGGACCUGCACUCGGUUGUUCAUAUGCCAGGUUUUUGUGAUAGAAAAGUAAUUUCAGAACAUUUUCCACUAUUAAGCUGACCUUCAGUGUACAAAAGACAUCUGAAAAAUUUUAAUUAUUUUCUGAAGGGUGGGUAAAAAUGUGUGUAUUGCUGUGUGUAAUAUAGUGUAGCUGUAUCCAAAUAAAUCUCACAAAAAACACUUAAUUGAA